AGCGGCUUGGGCGAGCCUGCGCCGCCGCGACCCCUGCUGCGCUCGAGCGUCCGCCGCGCGUGGGCGUCCCGGGCGCUGCUCGCAUGGACGCGGCAGCGAAGCGGAGCCGCUCCGAGGAGCCGGCCGAGUCCCUGCCGCCCGCUCGGGACGUGGAGGAGGUGGCGGAGGAGGGGAUGGAGCAGGGCCUGGAAGAGGAGGAGGAGGUGGACCCCCGGAUCCAGGGAGAACUGGAGAAGUUAAAUCAGUCCACGGAUGAUAUCAACAGACGGGAGACUGAACUGGAGGAUGCUCGCCAGAAGUUCCGCUCGGUCUUGGUGGAAGCGACGGUGAAACUGGAUGAGCUGGUGAAGAAAAUUGGCAAAGCCGUGGAAGACUCGAAGCCCUACUGGGAGGCACGGAGGGUGGCGAGGCAGGCUCAGCUGGAAGCCCAGAAGGCCACACAGGACUUCCAGAGGGCCACGGAGGUGCUGCGUGCCGCCAAGGAGACCAUCUCGCUGGCCGAGCAGCGGCUGCUGGAGGAUGACAAGCGACAGUUCGACUCCGCCUGGCAGGAGAUGCUGAACCACGCCACCCAGAGGGUCAUGGAGGCCGAGCAGACCAAGACAAGGAGCGAGCUGGUGCACAAGGAGACCGCAGCCAGGUACAACGCCGCCAUGGGCCGCAUGCGGCAGCUGGAGAAGAAGCUCAAGAGAGCCAUCAACAAGUCCAAGCCUUACUUUGAGCUCAAGGCGAAGUACUAUGUGCAGCUGGAGCUGCUGAAGGCGGCGGUGGACGAGCUGCAGGCCAAGCUGAGCCUGGCGAAAGGCGAGUACAAGACGGCCCUGAAGAACCUGGAGAUGAUCUCCGACGAGAUCCACGAGCGGCGGCGCUCCAGCACCAUGGGGCCUCGCGGCUGCGGCGUCGGCGCGGAGGGCAGCAGCGUGGCUGCGGAGGGCCUGGCGGGGAGCAAACCAGAGCCGGACGCCGUCUCCGUGGCCUCGGAGGCCUUCGAAGACGACACCUGCAGCAACUUCGUGUCUGAAGAUGACUCAGAAACGCAGUCGGUGUCCAGCUUCAGCUCCGGGCCCACGAGCCCGUCAGAGGCAGCCGAGCCGUUCCCUGCAGUGGCGAGGCCUGGCAGCCUGGACCUGCCCAGCCCCGUGUCCCUGUCGGAGUUCGGGCUGAUGUUCCCAGUGCUGGGCCCCCGCAGUGAGUGCAGCGGGGCCUCCUCCCCCGAGUGCGAGGUGGAACGAGGAGACAGGGCGGAAGGGGCAGAGAAUAAGACAAGUGACAAAGCCAGCCACAGCCGGGGUCUCAGCAGCGGCAGCGGCAGCGGCGGCUGCCGGAAGAACCCGAGCAGCGUGUCCCUGGAGGGCCAGGCCCUGGAGAGCCGGGUGCAGCAGCUCUCCCUCCAGUGCUCCAAGGGAAGAGAGGGGCUCAUUGCUGACAUAAACGUGGUGCAGAUCGGCUGACCCGGCCCGUGGCCCCCGUGAAUGCUAUUUAUACAGCAAACUGGAGAGCGCCGUGCCAAUAGUCGUUCACUCUAUGCCAAAUCCUAAGCAUUUACUUUGAACUGAACUAAUGAAGUCUCAGUGACCUUGGGGGCUGAAGAUUGUUCUGGUAAGAGCUCUCGAGCUGGCUGGUGUUUCGGAGCAGAGCUGCUGUGGCGGGCGGACUGGGCCCUGCUCGCAGCCUGUGUGCCGGCGCUGUGGAAGCAGUACCGCGUUCCUGGGAAAGCUGCGGAGCCAGGCCCGGCGUGCAGCGUGCGCCUGCCCCUCAGGCUGGCUGGGAGGAUGGAGGUGUUCCCUCCCUCAUUCUCCAGGCCCCCUCCCCACUGCCUCCCCCAGCAGACACCCUUUUCAGGGUGUUCCGAGCACCCCUGUUUGGACCCAGUGAAGGCCUCAAGAAACCGAGAACGGAGUUUGCUGUCAUCCACUUCCUACGGCGCUCAGAGGCCGUAGAAAGGUCACUGGGAACUGCACUUUUGGGGGUGGGAUGGAUGAGUGCCAGGGCGGGGGUGGGGGGCUGCGGGCGGAAGGGGCGUUUCAGAGAAUGGGAGGGCAGGUUCCACAGCAGAGACCUCACCCUGCCAGCCAGCCGAUCUUCGACGAGAAGUGCAUGUGAGGAAUGGCUGCCGCUGUCUCUAAGACCGACCAGUGUUCCUUUCUCUGUAGUUGUAACGUAAGGAAAUUAUGUAAGGGGUUUGCUGCACUAGAGUUCCUUAGAGGAAGCUGUUCCUGAAAGCUAGGGAAGGGAGUAGGCAUGUGUUGGCAAAGGCUGUCAAAUAGGAGCAGUGGAGACUGGAAUGCUAAUAGUAGUGUUAAGACCGCUUUAUCUUUCUUCCUCUCAUGGUUAUGCAUACUUCGAGCAGCCUAUUUUAUUUUGUCCCUGUUUUAUUUCGGGAAAUACAGCAUUUCUGAACGAGGGGAACAGCAGCCUCUCCCUUUCAGGUUGUGUGUUACCACGUCGCAGCGUCUGCAUUUUAGGCAUUUGUAAAGCUCUUCAUACUGCGUGAUGUCUCCUUUUUUAUUCACUGAUACAAUAUCCUACUUACAAGAUUAUUUUGUACUUGUCUUAAUACCUUGAGUGUAAUAAAAACGGCUUA